CUACGCGAUCCCAGGGUGCUGUGCGCGGCGUGGGCUCCCUCCGCCAUCCCGCUGGGAGAGACGAUCUGUGCGGGGCCCUGCCAGCGAGACGCCGCCUGCGCGCAGAGCUUCGCCGCCGAACGGACAUGUUAGCGCCGAGCCCCUGAGCGGGACCGAGCCUCCCCCCGCGCGCCUCACGCCGCCGCGGGCACCCGCACCAGCCGCCGCCAACAUGGAGGCCGUGAACGCCUUCAACCAGGAGCUCUUUUCACUCAUGGAGAUGAAACCUCCUAUCUCCCGAGCAAAGAUGAUUCUCAUUACUAAAGCUGCCAUUAAAGCUAUUAAGCUCUACAAGCAUGUAGUACAGAUAGUAGAGAAGUUUAUCAAAAAGUGCAAACCAGAAUAUAAAGUCCCUGGAUUAUAUGUUAUUGACUCUAUUGUUCGUCAGUCUCGUCACCAGUUUGGAACAGACAAGGAUGUUUUUGGGCCAAGAUUUUCUAAAAAUAUAACUGCCACAUUCCAGUAUUUAUAUCUCUGUCCAUCUGAAGACAAGAGUAAGAUAGUUCGUGUCCUGAACCUUUGGCAGAAAAAUGGAGUGUUUAAAAUAGAGAUCAUUCAGCCUCUCCUGGAUAUGGCAGCAGGAACUAGUAGCGCAGCCCCGAUGGCAGAAAACGCUACAAAUAAUGAAGGUUCACCACCCUCUCCAGCAAAGGUUCUAUCUGAGCCCACCCAAGUCACUGCUAAUUCAGUACCUACUGUAUCACAAUUGCCUAGUUCUGAUGCCUUUGCAGCUGUAGCUCAGUUAUUUCAGACAACACAAGGACAACAGCUUCAGCAGAUUCUUCAGACUUUUCAGCAGCCUCCAAAACCCCAGUCUCCAGUCAUAGAUAAUACUGUAAUGGCUCAAGUUCAGGCUAUUACUGCUCAAUUGAAGACUACGACAACACAACCACCAGAACAAAAAGCUGCUUUCCCGCCACCUGAGCAAAAAACUUCUUUUGAUAAGAAGCUGCUAGAUCGAUUUGACUAUGAUGAUGAGCCAGAAGCAGUAGAAGACUCCAAGAAAGAGGAUUCAGCUCCGUCUCCUUCCAUUUCUCAACCACCAUUUGGAUUUCCAGGAGAAGGUAUGCAGCAGCCGGUAUAUCCACAGCUCCCAAAUAUAGACCCAUUUCAACCACGACUGAUGGGAAUGCAGCAAGAUCCAAUGCACCACCAGAUCCCGCUCCCUCCUAAUGGACAAAUGCCAGGUUUUGGACUUCUACCUACCCCACAGUUUCCUCCCAUGACUCAGCCUGUGAUACCACCAACACCAGCAGUGCAGCAAACUUUCCAGUCUCCUUUCCCAGUACAGAGUGAACCACACAUACAGAAAACACAUCAGCAGGAUAUGGAGGUGGAACAGCCCUGUGUUCAGGAAGUUAAACGACAUGUUUCUGAUAACAGAAAAUCAAGAUCUAGAUCGGCAUCAAGAUCUCCAAAAAGGAGACGAUCGAGGUCUGGAUCUCGAUCUCGAAGGUCACGUCAUCGUCGCUCUCGUUCCCGAUCCCGGGAUAGGCGCCGACACUCUCCUAGAUCUCGGUCGCAGGAAAGGCGUGAACGAGAAAAAGAGAGAGAACGCAGAUCAAAAGGCCUUCCUCAAAUCAAAUCAGAAACUGUUAGUGUUUGUAGUACUACACUCUGGGUAGGACAACUAGACAAAAGAACAACUCAGCAGGAUGUUGGAAGUCUUUUAGAGGAGUUUGGCCCGAUUGAAUCUAUAAAUAUGAUACCGCCUAGAGGAUGUGCCUAUAUUGUAAUGGUUCACAGACAGGAUGCUUACCGUGCCCUACAAAAACUGAGCCGGGGCAACUUCAAAGUCAAUCAGAAAUCUAUAAAGAUUGCGUGGGCUUUAAAUAAAGGAAUUAAACCAGACUAUAAGCAGUAUUGGGAUGUAGAAUUAGGUGUUACCUACGUACCGUGGGACAAAGUGAAGCCUGAAGACCUUGAAAGUUUUUGUGAAGGAGGAAUGUUGGACAAUGAAACUCUUAGCCCAGAGUGGAAAGGAAUUUCUAAGAAAUCUGAAAAUGAAGUAGCUCAAAAUGGAGGUGCAGAAACUACACAUAAUGAACCAGUGUCACCUAUCCCUAAAGCAUUGCCUGUUCCAAUGCCUGUUCCCAUACCAGCACCUAUAACAGUACCUCCUCCACAGGUUCCACCACAUCCAUCAGGUCCACCUGUAGUUGGUGCACUUCAGCCGCCUACUUUCACGGCUCCUUUAGGGAUCCCUCCUCCUGGGUUUGGCCCUGGUGUACCACCACCACCUCCAUUUUUGCGACCUGGAUUCAAUCCAAUGCAUUUGCCCCCAGGUUUUCUUCCUCCUGGACCGCCACCUCCUAUAACCCCUCCAGUAUCUGUUCCUCACACUCCAGGAAUAAGCAUCCCAAAUUCUACUGUGGCUGGCAUAAAUGAAGACACUACAAAAGACUUAUCUAUUGGAAAUCCCAUUCCAACUGUGGUUUCUGGAUCGAGAGGGAAUGCUGAAACUAGUGAUGGUUCCAAAAUAUUUGGGACUGUUCCACCACCUGUAGCACCUACUAACAUACCUCCACCUGUCACCCAACCUAUUUCACUUCUUGGUACUCAAGGGGUUACACCACCUGCUCCUGUGAUCGGGCUACAGGCACCAUCUACUGGCCUCCUUGGUGCACGGCCUGGUUUAAUACCACUCCAGCGACCUCCAGGAAUGCCACCACCUCAUCUACAACGGUUUCCCUUGAUGCCACCUCGGCACAUGCCUCCCCAUAUGUUGCACAGAGGUCCACCUCCAGGACCAGGGAGCUUUGGAAUGCCUCCACCACAUGGAAUGAAAAACCCUUUUCCACCACCUGGUCACUUUGUCAGGCCUGGUGGGAUACCAGGAGUUGGAGGACCAGGUGGGCCUGAAGAUAAUAGAGAUGGAAGGCAGUUUAGGAAUGAUAGGCAGACAUUCACUCCUAAUAGAGACCAGGAAAGGUUUGGAAGGAGGUCUUUUGGAAACCGGGUAGAAAAUGAGCGUGAGCGCUAUGGUAACCGCAACGAUGAUAGAGAUCAUGAGCGACUUGGUAAUCGCGAAAGGAGAGAAUGGGGAAGAAGAAGCCCUGAACGUGAUAGACAUAGAGACUUGGAGGAGAGAAAUAGACGGUCCAGUGGACACCGAGACAGAGAGAGAGAUUCUAGAGAUAGGGAGUCUCGUAGAGACAAGGAAGAAAAUCGAGGAAAGGAAAAACCUGAGCUGACAGACAGGGCAGAUGGUGACAAAAACCAUGAAUCUCAUAGUGGCAAAGUGGAAAAUGCAGACAUUGUUUCAGAACUUAAUAAAGGGGAGUCUGAACCUACAGGUGUAAAACCUGAUGAAGAGUUAACAUCUGAGGCUACCUCAUCUGUUGAGCAAGCCGAAAAGGAUACCGGCUCAGUUGUAGAGGCUCCUCGCUAGAGACUGGAAUUUGUCAAAAACGUGACAGUGACAUUUAAUGGAGUGUAGAGCUUUAGAGUUGUACAGUAUUGCUGUAUUAUAUUUGCUUCUGCUAUACCACAGCCCCUCAGUAGUUUGUGGGGAAUUGUAAGCAAUUUGAUUGCUUCCCUUCUAUUUAAAAUAGUGUCAACAUAACACAAAAUACUGAAGAUAUGAAUAUUACCCAUUUUUGCUGUAACUUUUUUAAAGUUUUGACUUUAAAAAGUUUACAAAUCAGAAGUAGAAGUGCUUUCUAUUUUUUUUUUUUUUAAUUUAAGAAAAGGUAACGGUGAAAGCUCCUCAAAACAAUAGGGAUGUGUUUUUAAUAAACUCUAUUUUCGUAACAAACUUUAACGUGUGCUAUUCUUCCUACACUGCACUGAAGUGGAAAAGGAUUGUUCAACAUCUUAAAGUUUGAACUGUUAAUGCUGUACUGGAGUCUAAAUUAGACUGUUUUGUUUAUAAUUGUUAAAGAAAUACAUCUGUUUGUGUAGCUAUUCACAAAAGCAAAUUUUUAUUUGUAAUAGUUAUUUUGAUUUUUAGAUUGCUGCAUUUUAAUGAUCUACUUGACCAUACUAGGUAAAGGUUAGUGGUUUUAAAAUGUUAUUUGAAGAGGUAAUUGUUUAAGUGUUUGCAAUGCAAUCAAGGUUUUAUUUUUUCUCCAAUUGGUUCUAUAAUGUUGCCCUAAUUAACCUUUAAAAAUACUUACUGACAAAGCAGACCACUUCAGAAAGUCUGCUCUGCUUGUAAUGUUAUAUUAAGAUUGUGUGUGGUGGGCUGGGGAAGCACCAGUUCAGCAUCUUUUGUACUUGUAAUUCAUUAAUGCUUUUUGGAAGGGGGGUGGGAGAGAAAUCAGAGACACCAAAUCACCAAUUUAAAAUGCUAACCUAUUUUUUUUAAGUGGGGAUGGGAAGUGGUGGUGGGGAUAUUCAAGGGUUUUAUAAAAUGCUGUCUGUUCCUUCACACAAGUCUAGCCAAUUACUAUUGUUUGUUUAUAUUAAAAUUGCCUAUCUCCUGUACUCUAGCAAGAGGUAGGCUUAAACUUUUUGCCCAUGUGGUGGUAUAAUCAAACUAAUGGAAGAAUACACAUUCCUGUAUUUGUGUAAGUUUAACUGUUUUCUCCCUCUGACAAAUUAUUUUUUUGUAAAAUAAACUACAAAAGGGCAAGUACUAAUUCUAAUAGCCCUUCUGCUGCAAACAAUUUAGAGGCUGCCAACAGUAAUCUGAACCAAAUCCCAAAGAAUUCUACAUCUGGAAGCUCUUUCUCCUUCAUUAUCCUGUGCACAAGAAAAUGAGGCUUAUGUUACACAGAGGUUCAACUGAAUCCUGUUGUACUAUAAAACGUAGUGGGGGAAAAAAACUGUGUGAAUCUUGUCCAUGUUCAAAUGUUUUUCCCUGGGAGUAGAUGUGCUCUGCAUUUUAAAGUUGAUUUUUCUUCCUAAGUGAAGGGCAGCUGCUUUCUUACAUCAAUACUUUUUCAUAGCUGGGAUUUUUUGGGAGGGAGGUAACAGUAGGGGGAGGAUAUGGGGGGGAAGAGGACAUAUAUUUUUUGUUCUUGCAAUAGCAGAAUAAAGAAAAAAAAACUGUUUACAUACUUGCAGUGAACUCAAAUUCCAUGUGUUAAAACUUGUGUAUCCUUAAUGUUUGUUCCAUGGCAGGCCACUGGACCUAACCUUUUUUUAAUAUAAGAACACAUUUGUCUAAGUGUAAAAUGGUCUUAACUGUCAAUUCUCCCCCUUCCUUAUAGGUCUUUGAGUGGAUACAUUUUAUCAAGACAUGGAAAUAACCAUUUAUAUAUUAUAGGUAACAUGAGUGUCACCCUACACUUCCACCAUCUCUAUUUAGAAAUGAGAUUUUCAAACAGUCAACAACUUACUGUUUGCAAUGCCAUUUCUUAAUGGUGUCCUGUAUACAAACUUUUAAACAUUAAAGGGUAAAUAUGGUUUAAUUGUGUGCCAGUAACAUUGUGAAAUAGUGCAUAUUUUAGGCUAGCCUUUCAUUAAUAUUUAACGGUCCAGUUAACCUUUGAAGUCUCCCCUUAGGAUGCCUGUAAUAGGAGUUGCACUCAAAUCAAUGCAACCAGGCACUGCUGAGAAGGUGCUGAACUUUUUUCCUUUUCAUGAACUUAAGUAACUGGUGUGGGUCAUUACUUUGGAAAGGAGUAUUUUGAUAGUGCCCCAUUUCCAUAUAUAUUAUUGUAUUUGGUCACUUCACCUGAGUUUUUUUAUCAUAGCAGAAAACUGUCAUACUAUCUGAUACUUAAUAGUAUAAGAAAAUUUUGUUUUGAAAGUAGAUACCUGCCCCAGUUGUAUAAGAGCCAGUUAUUCUAUAAAAAGGUUAACCUGUAGUGAGUGGAACUAGUGGAUGAUGCUGUGCAAGUUUCCCUGCUACCAUGGAACAUCUGCAACAGUACAGUGCCUAAUACAGAGUUGACCUUUUUGGUAAGCCAAUGUCAAUUAUUUUAUAAUUUAGACAAACUGUCUUCUCUACUCAAGUAAAAUCAAACUUAGGCACAUGUUGUCCAAUAAGUUGAUUUUAAAUGAAAGGGUUGUUGGGGGAAGAUGAUGGUGGUAUUGGUACACACCUUAUUUCAAAGGUUCAGCUGCCUGUGGUUGAGUAAUGCUAAGACCCUGAAACAUCCCCUCACUAGUAUCAGUACUACUGUCAGACAAGUCAUGUGUAGAAUAACAGAGUUCCCUAGAACCUGUACAUGAUUGUUUGCCACCUUUAAAGAAUGAAAGCAUAUGCAUUUUCUACAGUUUUAUUGCUAUUCAAAGAACCAUUCCAUUUGUAAUUAGUUACAUGGGAAUCUAGGUGGCUAGAAGUGCUGCCAAUUACUUCCACAGCUCACAUUUUAUAUAUUCAAAAUAUGAAGGAAUGUCAAGAUCUUUAAAGUUCUUAUGAAAAGAAAUAAACAUGUUAAAUAGUAGUAUAUACCAGGAAUUACUGGGCCCUGGAAAUGCCUAGUUACUAUAAUAUACUGUAUAUAUUAUGUCUGACACUACCUAGAGAAGAAAAGCCUUACAUUAACUUCAUAUGGAUGUGCCCUUAAGAAGUGCAUGGUCAUUUCACCAACAUGACCUGGGCCAAGCCAGCUGGGUUGGUAAUAGGUGAACUAUCUUCAAGCCAUUCCAGCUAGUCAACCUAAUUAGUUCAAGAGGUAUGAUACAGUUUUGGCAAAUGCAGUAACAGUAUCUUAUGGAUCUGUACCCAAAAGACAAGUAGUGCCACAUAAUACUACAGUUUGAUAAGCAGGUAAGGCUUCCAGCCUAGAGGAUUGCCCUUGUUCUCACCACCACCCCUGUAACUAAAGUAGCAAACUAAAGCCCUUCUCUGUGUUUUGAUAGUAUUAGGUUUGUUUUACUUCCCUCCCAUUCCAAAAUGCUGUAUAGCUACAACUUGUAGAAAAAAGAUUCUGCUGAAAUUACAUAUAAUAUAUAAAGAACAAGUUUUACCCUUAACCAGUCAGAACUGAGCAUGUUGUAUGGCAGUUUUAAUCAUUUAGUAUUGCUGCAAGUGAAUAGUCAAAAUGCUAUGCAUGAAAAAGGUGUGCUCAGCAUUUGGUUCAAUAAUACCUCCUUUCAACAGCAGGGGCAGCAAUUCUAUAAACAGUUUUGUUUUCAGAUAUUUCACUCAGAUGUAAUGUUCUGGUCUUCCAGACUGGACUAGAGAAGUGGAUCCAUAUGGGGAACCCUGUUUACAUGAUCAAUGAUGCUAAGGGUUGAAUGAAUGACUUCCAGUGCAGCUGUUACCCUGGUGUAUAACUAUGUCCCUUCAUUAAAGAAGGUUUUACAGUUAGUAUUACAGUGCUCACUC